AUGAAACAAGUUGGAGUAUUAAGAGACUUUUGUUCGGACUAUUCUCCUUCCCUAAAUGUUGAUUUAUGUUGGGACGAUCCUUAUCCAAAAGAAUUUACUGAUUUAAUUCCACAAUAUGAAGAUGUAGAUGGUUCUGAUUCUUUUGAAAUCACUACACUAUUCCAUAAAAUUAGUAAUGAUUCAUCCAAUUAUUAUUCUUACCAAUUUUCAUUUAAGCCAGAAUUACAAUCUUAUCAAGAAGCAAGAAAUAUCAUUUUUGAUUAUUUUAGAGGGAAGUUAUUCUAUGUAUAUCAUAAUAAUAUCUACCUUAAUGAGCCUAUUGAAGAAGAGGCAGAAGUUGAUAUUGAGGACAUAUCUUUUACAAUUACCUUUACACCAAUAAAGAGUUCUCUUGAUAUUUUUCGUGCUGCUGAUAUAAUAAAAUCAUCUUUAUACAGAACAUCAGAAUACCAAUAUCAAAAAAAACAUAUUUUCUGUUAUAAAUUAAAAACUAGUGAAAGUAAUAAUAUCCAUCAAUCAUUUGAUGUUUAUGUUAAUGGAAUGGAAGAUAAUUUUUAUGUUCAUUUUCCUGUUACAGAUAGAAAGGUUGUUGAAGAAAAUUAUUUAGAAGAAUCAAAAGGAUAUUCUUAUGAUGAAAUUGCAAUUAGAUUCAGACCAUCAUGGUAUUAUAAUGAAGUAUCAAAACAACUAGAAUGGGUUGAUGAAAUCAAAAUGAAUGAAACACCUGAUUCUCAAAAAUUUUUCUGGAGAGAUCAGGAAGUCUCUGUUUUACAAUACUAUACCCAACGAUAUGGAGGAACAGUUCAUUUUGAUCCAAAUCAAUUUCUUAUGGUUCAAAAACAAAGAAAAUUUGGAAGAGUAGAAUAUGCUUAUUAUGUCCCUCAAUUAAUGCAUAGAGUUAUUAGAGUGAAACAGGUUCAACCUCUUCAAGAAACAUUAGAAGUUGUUACUAAGGCAUUAAAAACUAUAAAAGAAUCUCCUGUUGCAGAAGCAUGGGGGUUGAGUAUUGAAGAUAACGUUCUUUGUUGUAAAGCACAUUCAUGUCAUAAAACUAAAUUACUUACAAGUCAAGGUAGUUUUGAAGCUGAUGAAAAUUGGGAAUUUUCUGAUAGUUUCAUUAAAGUUGUACCAUUAACAAAUUGGUUUGUGUACUGUAAGAGUUCGUUGAUUACAAAAGUUAAACAAAUAAUAAGUUCAAUGCUUACUAAAUUUAAACAACUUGGAGUAACAUGCAGAGAACCAAAAAUUGUUUCACAAUCAUCAAGAGAAUCACCAAAAAAGACAUUUUUAAGUAUUCUUAAUAGUCAUCCUCAAAUUGUUUUUUCAGUAUUUGAUUCUAUUGAACAAAUGGUAGAAAUUAAAGAUUAUUUUAUGAUAUAUGGGAAUAUUCCAACACAAAUAAUUGAUUUAAAUGAGAGAUAUGAUGAUAAAAAAAUAACAAGUCUUUGUUUAAGAACUGGAAUAAAAAUAGGGUGUUCUAGAUUAAAAUUAGAUCAAAAUACAUCUGACAUUUGUGUUAUUGGAAUAACUUCACGUGAAUUUUUUGUUAAUAAAACUUUAAUUACUCUUUGUAUUUCAAAAGAUGAAAAUUUAAACGUAUUUGACACAGACUCAUAUUUUGUAUCUAAUGAUAACUGGCAUAGUGGAAUUGGUUUAGAACAAAUACUAAAACCAAGGUUGUAUGGAAGAAGAUUAAAAAGAAUAUUUGUUUAUAGAUGUGGUAUUUCUGAUAACUUAAUGAAGGCAAUUAGGUUUGGAGAAGUUGAACAAUUUUUAAAAGUUUGUAAACAAAGUUGUGGUGAAGAAAUUAAAGUGUGUUUUAUUACAACAGACAAUAUAUCUUCUGCUAUUGCAAUAGAAGAAAAUGGAGAAUUAAAAAGUACAAAAGAAGGUACUUUUGUUAUUAAUCCAUUAGUUAAUAAAAAUGUCAAAGGGUUCAUUUUAAAUGCUAAACCUGAAAUAUGUAAAACACUAAAAUAUGUUGUAUUAUAUGAUAACACUGGUUUAUCAUUAAGAGAAAUUAUUCAAUUUACGUUUGACAAUUGUCAUUUAUCCCAAGGAAAAAUGUCUACUGGAAAAUUACCAUAUUGUGCAAAUGAAGCAAAACACUUCCAAAAGAAGUUGUACUCUUCUAAAAUACUUGAAGAACAAAUGAAUUAA